CAGCGGAACGAGGUUCUAAUGGCCAUUUCCGUUCAAGUGAAAGGUGUCCUCGGAUGUGCCUACUACAGUACAGACGAGAACAGCUUGUUUCUUCUGCAGGAUAUGUCCUGCACAGAGCCGUUGCAGUUUGUCGAAAUGCUCAUGCUGCACAUUCAACCAACGGCCGUCUUGUUACCCCUGAAAGUACCGGAUGAGGUUCUUCAUUUCUUUGAGAAGUAUCAAAGCAAUGUAGACCGAGGUUGGUUAUUUCUUGAGAUAGGGGCAGUGAUUUUGAGCGUUGAUGAAUCAUUCUCAUAGCAUCUGCAAGGGACAACUACAUUAUCCGACUUCUAGGUUCAACCGAAUUCAGCCACGACGCUGCCAUGGAUAGGUUGAUGAAUCUGCCGAUCGCCACCUCGGAAUAUGCUCUGGUGACGAAUACAGUAUUUGGUUUAUCCAAUCGCGGCUUGCAGGGUCCCGGGGACAAUUGCCAAGAUGUCAAGACGAUGCGUCUCGGGUCUUUUGUAGAUCUGGAGAGCGUUACAUCGAUUGGUUGUGCCGGUGCCGUACUGUGCGAGACUUUGCGACUUCAAAAUGUUGAGGGGGCACCAGAAGACACAGAGAGAACUUUCGGGGUGUCGCUGCAGAUGUUUGCUUUGACGGACUUCAUGUUUGUAAACGCUGACACGCUUUCCUGCCUCCAAAUAUUCCAGUCCGAAUUGCAUCCGAGUAACCUGAUAUCCGGCGCGGGAAAAGCAGCCUCCGGCUCAAAAGAGAGCCUAUCUCUAUUCGGUCUCUUUUACCCGCUUGCUGGUACCCCUCAGGGCAAGGCGAGGCUUAGACAACUCUUCUUGCGUCCACUAAUCAACAUCGACAUGAUCCGCGAGAGGCAAGCAACCAUUUCGGUAUUCUUACAGCCAGGGAACGAAGAGGCCUUUACGAGCAUGUCUAAAGAAUUACGGAAGGUCACAGACAUCAGGGAAACUCUGGCUCAGCUGCAAAGAGGCGCAGCAGAAUCUCCGGCUGGUUGCGCUUCAAUCGAGCGUGGUGUUUGGUGGACACUAACUCGAUUUUCGCUCCAUGUGCUACGGCUAAGAGACGCCAUACUUCAGCUGCGAAAUUCCAACGGCCUUUUCAUCAUACAAAAGAUGGUGCAAGUCGUCGCAGUGGACAAAUUGACGGCAAUUAUAGAUUUAAUAGGGAAAGUUGUCGAUUUCGAGGAAACCAAGGCAAAUUCACGCAUUGCUGUGAAAUUACACGUAAACACUGAGCUCGAUGGAUUGAAACAGACUUAUCAAGGGCUAGAAUCUCUCUUAAACGAGGUUAGUACAACAUUGUCUUUAGAGCUCCCAACGUGGGCUCGCAAGUUCGUCACAGGCUGUGUCUUUUGGCCGCAACUAGGCUUCCUCACUGUUGUGCCUUUACUCGAGGGUACUCGGGCAGGCUACGAAGGCCAAGGACUGCCCGGUGACCUUUGGGAGCAAAGAUUCACGGCGAACGACAAUGUCUAUUUCAAAAACAACCUCAUGCUAGAGUUAGAUGAACACUUCGGGGACACUUACAGCAGGAUUGUUGAUCUCGAAGUUGAUAUCUUGCACGGUCUAGCCUGCACGAUCCUUGAACAUGAGGCUACCCUCAGUCGCGUGUCUGAUGUUUGCGGCGAGCUUGAUUGCCUUGUAACUCUUGCUAGCGGAGCACUCAAAUAUGGCUGGGUAUGCCCAACUAUGACAGAAGACAACAUUGUUUCAAUCUACGACGGACGUCACCCCCUCCAGGAGCUGGCGGUGCCUGCAUUCAUCUCCAAUGACUGCAGCCUUGUCGGUGGCUCUGCCAAUGAAACAAGAACACCAACAUCGACGCCGAACAAUGAUAUUGGUGCCAGCACUCUCAUCAUCACAGGACCAAAUCAUUCGGGAAAGAGUGUGUACGUCAAGCAGGUUGCGCUCAUUGUUUACCUUGCCCAUAUUGGCAGCUUCGUGCCCGCUGCCAGCGCUACGAUUGGUCUCACGGACCAAAUUCUAACCCGCAUCUCGACGCGGGAAAGUGUGUCGCAAGCGGAGAGUGCAUUUGGUACCGAUUUGAGGCAAGUGGCCUUCCUGCUGAAUUGUGCUACCCGUCAAACGCUCGUGGCAAUCGACGAAUUUGGUAAAGGGACGGCAGCUGAUGAUGGAGCUGGUUUGAUGACUGCCCUCAUUGACCACUUCAGCACACUCGGUUUACAGUCCCCCAAAGUUCUGGUCACAACACACUAUCAUGAAAUAUUCGAAGGCGGUUAUCUCUCAGAGAGACCAGGCAUAUCGCUCGCGCACAUGGAAGUCCGUCUUGAUAUCGAGGCGAACCAGAUGGAGGACCAGGUGGUUUUCCUUUACCGUCUAGUUCCCGGAAGAAGCACUUCAAGUUUCGGGAGCAGAUGUGCAGCGUUGAAUGGAAUUGAUACCGCGGUGGUCGAGCGAGCUGAAGCAAUUGUUUUGCUCCUAGCCCGAAAUGAAGACCUUGGGGUAGUGUGUGCUAGAUUAGAUGCUGAAGAUGAAGCUCGACUUGAGGAGGCCGAAAACGUUGCCCGGCAGUUUCUUCGAAUCUCCUUGGAUGGCCCCGGAGAGUCGCAGUCCAGAAGUCGAGGUAUUUCGUCUACUCUAGUCAUUUUGCAGGAUCUUCUCAUGCCGGCAGUGGUUGAGUGAGGUAUCUGCGAGAACUUGAUCCUCAUGAGCACCAGAGGUCCUGGCGCGGUACCAAAUAAUGACCAGGCUGAAUAAUGCGCAAAGGGGGAAGAUUGCUGUUCAGUCGAAGAGCCGGGCAAAAAAUGUAGCAAUUUGUUGCUGUGUGGUUGAUUCGAGCAACUGAUAUCAAGGCAACAUUUGAGAAAGCGCCCAAAAGUUUCGUCCGUGACCUUCCAGAAAACUCUGUAUUACUAAUGUGAUGCUACAGCUUGGCGAUUGAAGCCCAAAGUGUCUACCAUCACACGUUGGCGAUGUUACUCGUGAUCAGUACUACCACGUUGAGAAACAUGAACGCGAAUAGAGGCUGCUGCACGUUUCCAGUCACCAUGUUACGCAUAUGUUAUCCUUGAAAUAUAUAUAUAUAUAUAUAUAUAUAU